AGAGUGAACUACAGACCCCUCUGAGGGUGGUAGCUGGCCUGAAUGUAGGAGAACAUUUGGCUUUCAAGACCCAUGUCACCUGGGGAGUUGGCAGUAUGUGGUAAUACAGUAAUGCAUCCUUUGUGUUCAGGUGACAAUCCAACUUUUUGAGCAUUAUCCCAGAUCGUUAAAGAUAAAGUCUCUUUGAACUUCAGCUUUCCUUCAUAUAUUCUCUCCUAGAAGAUUUCUAAAGGCUAUGCUCUUCGCUCCCCUCUCAUGGAAUAAGGAAAAUUUCAAGAUCCAUGCCUUGCUGAAAGCGGAGAAGAUGUUAUGUUGGGGAUAUUGGUCUUUCGGAUUUCCUGGCUCAGAUAGUACUCUGCAGGCGGUCAUCCCUGAACCUCAGACCACUGAAUUCGUUCACGAGAGGAGUGUCAAGGAAGUGGCUUGUGGGAAACACCACUCUGUGUUCUUGCUGGAAGAUGGGGAAGUUUACACCUGUGGGGUGAACACCAAAGGCCAACUCGGUCAUGAGAGAGAAGGUGGCAAGCCAGAACAAAUAGAUGCUUUAGCCGAUCAGCACAUUGUCCAUGUGGCCUGUGGUGAGUCUCAUAAUGUCGCGCUUAGUGACCAAGGCCAGCUUUUUUCCUGGGGCGCAGGAAGUGAUGGGCAGUUGGGCCUUACAACGACGGAAGAUGCUGUAACAAUUCCAAGGUUAAUAAAAAAGCUGAACCAAGAGAUGAUCCUGCAGGUCUCGUGCGGGAACUGGCAUUGUCUAGCUCUAGCAGCUGAUGGACAGUUCUUUGCAUGGGGACAGAACAACCACGGACAACUUGGGCUCGGUAAAGAAUUCCCUUUGCAGGACACUCCUCAACGUGUCAGAUCGCUUGACGGGGUCCCGUUGUCUCAGGUGGCUGCAGGUGGAGCACACAGCUUUGCUUUGUCCCUCUCAGGAGCUGUGUUUGGCUGGGGGAAGAACACCUCUGGACAGCUGGGUUUGAGUGAUGAGAAAGAUCGGGAAUCUCCUUGCCAUGUGAAACUUUUAAGGACUCAAAAAGUUGUCUACAUCAGCUGUGGAAAUGACCAUACUGCUGUUCUGACAAAGAGUGGAGGAGUGUUUACCUUUGGUGCUGGUUCAUGCGGGCAACUUGGUCAUGAUUCAUUGAACAAUGAAGUCAACCCUAGAAGAGUUUUGGAGCUGAUGGGCAGUGAAGUCUCCCAGAUCGCUUGUGGUAGACAGCACACUCUAGCCUUUGUGCCUUCUUCAGGAAUGAUCUAUGCAUUUGGCUGUGGAACGAAAGGCCAGCUGGGAACUGGACACAUCUGCAGUGUUAAAUGUCCCUCUCCAGUCAAAGGCCAUUGGGCAGCUUAUGAUGAGCAGAUCACUGGUAGAGCAGAUGCUUGCCCGUAUUAUAUUGUUAAACAUAUAUUCUCUGGAGGAGACCAAUCAUUUGUAAUUUGCUCAGGAAAAGAGAAUUCUCUACCAGCUGAUGAUUUCCGGACCUUAAAUCACAGUGACCACACCUGUUUGAUUAAUGACAACACAAUAGACAUGUGGAGGCAAAAGCUUUCUGAAAGAAAUAACUCUAAUUCAGUGAAUGAGGUUGUGCAGAUCUUAUCUUCACCAGCUUGCUGGAAUGGAAGCUUCCUUGAAAACAAAAUAGAUGAACAUUUUAAAACGAGUCCCAAAAUUCCAGGGAUUGACUUGAAUUGCACCAGAGUGAUGUUUAAUAAGCUAAUGACAUCUCAGCAUUCUACAUUGCGUGACCAGAUUUUGAAGAGCUUUGAAAGCUUUUUGAUCCCCCAGCUGCCUAGCUCCCCGCCAGAUGUUGAAGCCAUGAGGAUCUAUCUGAUUCUUCCGGAAUGCCCUCUCUUUCAAGACUCAAAAUAUUACGUAAACUUAACGCUUCCUUUGGCAACGGCCAUCCUGCGCCUGGACAAAAAUCCCAGUAAAGUUUUAGAAAACUGGUGGUCUCAGGUAUGCCCAGAGUAUUUCUUGAGACUAGUGGAUCUCUAUAAAGAUGCCGUGGUUUAUCUCUUGAAUGGGAAAAAAACACUCCAGGUCCCAGUCUUGUAUAGCAAUUACAUCACAGCUGCAUUAAAACUUCUGGAGAAAUUACAUAAAGUAAAUCAGAAAGCUAACCACAUAGAAUAUGACAAAUUUUAUAUCCCAGAGAUUUCUAAUCUGAUAGAUAUUCAAGAAGACUACCUGAUGUGGUUUUUGCAUCAAGCAAGAGUGAAAGCAAGACCGUCUAUCAUGCAGGACUCUGUGACUCUGUGCUCUUAUCCUUUUAUCUUUGAUGGACAAGCCAAAACGAAGAUGUUGCAGACUGAUGCUAAACUGCAGAUGCAGGUGGCCAUUAGUGGAGCAAAUCUACAGAAUGUCUUUAUGUUUCUCACUCUGGAGCCCCUUCUCGCUCGAAGCCCAUUCCUGGUCCUUCAUGUUCGCAGGAGCAACUUGGUUGGCGAUGCUCUGAGAGAACUGAGCAUCCAUUCGGAUGUUGACUUGAAAAAACCUUUGAAGGUGAUCUUUGAUGGUGAGGAAGCUGUAGAUGCUGGAGGUGUCACAAAGGAAUUCUUUCUCCUCCUACUGAAAGAGCUCUUGAAUCCCAUCUACGGAAUGUUCACCUGCUAUUCAGACUCAAAUCUGCUCUGGUUCUCGGAUACUUGUUUUGUUGAGCACAACUGGUUUCACCUAAUUGGCAUCAUCUGUGGUCUGGCUAUCUACAACUUCACCGUGGUGGACCUCCACUUUCCAUUGGCCUUAUAUAAGAAACUUCUGAAUGCGAACCCCGGCCUGGAUGACUUGAAGGAGCUUUCUCCCCUGGAAGGAAGGAGCCUCCAAGAGCUUUUAGAUUAUCCCGGGGAAGAUAUCGAAGAAACAUUCUGCCUCUCCUUUACAAUAUGCAAAGAGAGUUAUGGAGUAGUGGAGCAGAAAAAUCUUGUUCCUGAUGGAGACAAAAUACCUGUGCAGAACAAUAAUAGACAGGAAUUUGUGGAUGCCUAUGUGAAUUACGUCUUCAACGUUUCAGUGCAUGAGUGGUACACUGCUUUCUCAAGUGGCUUCUUGAAGGUGUGUGGUGGGAAGGUGCUUGAACUCUUCCAGCCUACUGAGUUGAGGGCUAUGAUCGUUGGAAGUAGCAAAUACAACUGGAAGGAGCUGGAAGAGAGUGCAAGUUACAAGGGAGAUUAUUCAGCUACACACCCAACUGUACAAAUGUUCUGGGAAACAUUUCACGAAUUCCCUUUAGAAAAGAAGAAGAAAUUUCUUUUAUUCCUGACUGGCAGUGACCGCAUCCCCAUCUACGGCAUGUCCAGCUUACGCAUGAUCAUUCAGUCCACCUCCAGUGAUGAGCGGUACCUGCCGGUGGCCCACACCUGCUACAACCUCCUUGACCUUCCCAAGUACAGCAGUAAAGAAACCCUGAGCACGCGACUGACUCAAGCCAUCGACCACUACGAGGGCUUCAGCUUGGCCUGAGCAUGAGCCACCCCCCAACAGAGACCCUUUGAAACUGAAAGGAAACCCUUGUCUUGUUCUUCCUUUUGCAGGGAAAUGGGAGACAUUGCUCAGGGAAGCCGGGGGGCGAGGGGGGGAGGGAGGAAAAAGGACACAGAAAAGGGUCUAUCAAUAUUUCUUGGGGUUUUAACAUUCACAGUUUUGACCUAUCUCUUAAAUCUUAUUUUAUGUUUAUUGGAUGACUUAUUUCAGUUUAAAACGGUCUCUCUCUUUCUCUCUCUCUCUCCUUCUCUCUCUUUCUCUCUCUCUCUCUCUCUCUGCUUCUCUAAAGUCUGGGAAAUUACCUUUAUAUUCCUGAGGUUUCUCCACAGGGGUGGGCUUCAAAAAUUUUAGCAAGGGGUUCUCUGCCCAGUUGUUGGGUGGGCAUGACCAUGGUGGGCGUGGCCUAGUCGGCGUCCUGCACCACGGUGGGGGGGGCUUUUGCCCUCCCUGGACUCCGGAGGCUUUCUUUGAGCCUCUGGGAGCGUGAAAAGGGCCUCCCCAAGCUCUGGAGGCUCUUCUGGUAGGCCCGUUUUUCGCCCUCCCUGAGUCUCUGUGCGCACCCUGCACUUACCUGCAUCCAAAACGGGCCGUGUGUGGACUCCUGGGAGGGGUGGGCGGAUCCAGCCAGGAGUGGGAUUUGGGGGUUUUCUGAACUGCAAGAGGUCCUCCCAAACCCCUACGAACCCUCAGCAGCCCACCCCUGCGUCUCCAUCUUUUUCGAAAAAUGGAUUCUGCCCUACUGUGAAUUUCUUUUUCAUCUCUACAACUGUGAAUUCCUUUCCGUUUCCUUCUCCAUCAGCUCAGAACUUCCCUCUUUGCUCACAGACCUGCUUUCUCAGUUCCAGGGAUAAUUUCUUCACACCUCAAAGGCACCGAGGUUGUUAUUGGAAGAGCGGUGACAGGAAAUGAAAAACGGAGAAGUUUCUCUCCUUUGCAGAAUUUCUCCAUUUCCUAUAGUCUGCAGAAAAUGAUCAGUGAGGUAAAUCUUCUUAGCUUAGCUGUUUGACCGCACAGCUUCCUCCCCGAAAGCUUGCGAGGCAGUAGAGAUCAUGCAGAAUUGGAUUACAGGAUCUGAACACUUUACGUUUCGGUUAAUUGUUCAAAGGAGAAUUUGUGUUUCUGUGCACUUUUUUUUUCUCUCUAGGAAUGGGAAUUUCACAGCAUAGUCGAGGGAUGUCAAACUCGAUUUCAUUGAGGGCCGCAUCAGGGUUGUGUUUGACCUUGGGAGGGCCGAGGUGGGCAUGGCGAGUUCAACGUCACUCGUGUCGGGGGCACCUGAGGUGGCCAAGUACUAAGGCAGGACUUCCCUCAGACUUCCCUCACUCUCAUUAUAAUCUUCCUUCCUUCCUUCCUUCCUUCCUUCCUUCCUUCCUUCCUUCCUUCCUUGCUCUGUCCCUCCCUCCCUCCCUCCCUUCUUUUUUGCUCUCUUCCCAUCUUUCCUUCUUUUUGUCUUUCCUCUUUCCCUUUCUCCUUUCCUGUCCCUUCUUGGGUGGUCAAAUGUAAAAGGGAAAACAUUUCUCCUUUUAUUUUGUUUUUAUUUUGUUUUGCUAGCCCUCUGCCAGUGAAAACGGAGCUCGGGGGUGGGGCACCAAGCUCGUUUUUUGCUGGCAGAGAGUUGCAGGAGGCCGUCGCGACUGAAAACGGAGCCCUGGAGGACCGCACUCUGUUUUUGCUGGCAGAGGCGCAGUAGGCCGGUCCUUUGCAGGUUCCAGGGCGGACCUGCAGGCCAGAUUUAAGCGCCUUGAGUUUGACACCCCUGGCACAGUCCAUGUUUUCCUCCCAUCUCGGUGCGCAGAUGCGUGCAGAUGUGUUUCUUGCAGACUGAACGUCUCUUUGCCAUUCUGCCUGUCUUAUCAAUGGAUGAUGCUUUUUUUGUUUGUUUUAGAAGCAGGCCUUCUCUGCCCCAUUGAGAUAGAUCCAGAGCCAAAUGACAGUGGGGUGAAUGGAAGAAAAAUGACAACCAGCUUCCUUUUCUCCCCCAAAUCUCUCUCCCCACACACACACUUUAUUAUAGAAGUCACAAUGAAUUUUCCCUCCCCUGCCCCCGAUAAUUUUAUCAAUUGGUGGUCCAAGCCGAGUUGAAGUUGAUAAUGGCUGAAUCCAUGGAAACUAAUGGAAUUAGUCCAUUUGGGUCUGAUGGAGGUAAAAGCUAAUUGCAAUCCUGAUCCAGUGCAGCCCUGAAGAGGGUUUUAUUUUUCAGUCAGGCGAGCAAGGUGGACUUUAAUCCUAAUUCAAUUUUGGUUGGCAUGGAGCCGCCGGACUUGUGUACCUUCUAAUUCAACUACGUUUUGCACUUUCCCUGAUGAAAAGCUUUAAAAGCAUUAAAGGGUCACUUUGCUGUUUGAGUAGCCAAACGGGCCUCUUUUUACUGCAACUUUGAAAGAACUUUAUCAAAUGCUUAUUUUGUAUGUGUGUGUACAUAGCGCAAUAUUAUGCAAUAAAUGGAAUGUUUCCUUCAGACUUUA